AUGUUAACUAGUAAAGUGUGUGGAGAGUUUGCUACUUUGUGGAAGUUUUUCCCCGAUGAAUUAAAUGGAUCUGGAGAAUAUUAUAUUAGUGGUAAAACAAUCAAAAAUUAUUGCCCUAAUAAUGAUUGUAACACUGAUAUCAAUAAGAUCCAUGCUGGAUGUUUAUGGUUAUUGAAUCAAUUUUAUGGGGAUUAUGAUAAAUUUGCGAAUAAUGCAAAUGACAAGAUUGAUAUUGUUAUAUACAUUAUGACAUGGUUAGGAUAUAAAUUAAAUCAAAAGUUAAAUACAGAAUUUCCAAAUAUAAAUAAAUUUUACAAUAAACAUAUGAAAAAUGCCAAUGAGUAUCAAAAUCAUAUAGAUGGUGUUACGAAGUAUAAAAACUAUAUUGAGCUUAUAAAUAAGCACAAUUAUGUGAUGGAUAUUUCUAAUGAAAAUAUAUAUAAAUUUUAUGAAGCAUUUAAAACCUUAUGCAAUAUGAUUAAUAAUGCUGAUAAAACAGACGGUGGCAAAACAUGUUUAGAACAUGCUAAUAAAUUUGUUGUUGAAUAUCAAAAACUCCUUAAUGAUAAUGAUAAUAAAGAUAGUUCAUAUAAUAAAAUAUUGUCUACAUUAUCAAAUGAUUAUAAUUCUUUUAAAACCUAUAAUAUUUACCCUACUAUACGAACAUCACUUCCAGAACUUAUAACGGAAAAAAAAAUGGAAAUUCCUUCAAGUCCUAAUGGACCACAAGAUGUCUCGCCGAGUGAAACGACAGAAUCAGGCUCUGAAAAUGAAAUAUCAGGUUCUGAAACUGAAAUAUUAGGUUCUGAAACUGAAACAUUAGGCCCUGAAAUUGAAGUAUCAGAUUCUGAUUCAACAUCAACAAGUUUAUCAAUGUUAAAUAAAUUAAUUUUAAUUCCAUUUAUAUUUGUUGCAACAUUAAUUUUAUUAGGAAUUACAUAUAAGUAUUCGUUAUUUGGAUUUCGGAAACGAGCUCAAAAACAACAUUUAAGAGAAAAUCUAAAAAAAUAA